AUGAGGGAAUCAUGGCAUGAAGAUUUCGGAGAAGCGAAAGCUGAAGCGGCACUGGUAAUCAAUAAUGUGAGCAAAGUGUGGGAGACCACAGGCGAAGUUGCAGUGAAUGGUCUUUCAAUGAAAGCUUGUGUGGGAGAGAUGUCGAACGAAACUUUCACUCAAACGUUGGGCUUCUGUCCACAGUGGAACAGCAUUUUCGAAUGCUUCACCGUUGAUGACCAUCUUUGGUUUUUCUUCAAAUUGAAAGGAGGUGACGCCGAUUGGAAGGAAAAUGCAAAUGAGCUAUGCUCAUCUCUGGGCAUGCAACACCUUCAAGAAAAGAACGCUUCGGAACUGUCUGGUGGUGAAAAACGGAAACUGUGCUUGGCCCUGGCAUUCAUUGGAGGAUCCAGACUACUGAUCUUAGAUGAGCCUACAGCGGAAAUGGAUCCGCAUUCUAGAAAAAUUGUCACAGACUUUAUCAUAAAACAAAAGCAAGACCGGUGA